UUUUUUUUUACUUUUUUUUUUCAUUCACCAUGGAUGCAAGUGAUCAGUAUCGGUGCCUUAUUAAAAAAAUUAUGGUUCGGAGGAAAAAUUACGGGGAAAAUUUGGAUAGAUUCAUCCCCAAUAGAGCAGCGAUGGAUUUCGACUAUGCUCGAUAUAUGUUGACAGAAGGGACGAAGGUGAAGGAAAACCCUGCAGUGAGUUCUACAUCUGUUUACCAGAAGGAACUCGCAGAACUUUUCAACAUGAACGGGAGGCGAAUUUUAGCUUUCAAAGACAAGCCUCCCACCCCUGUUGAGCUGUUCCCUUCUAAAUUCUUCUCUGAUCGACAAUUGAAAGCCGUGAAGCCUCAAAGACACAUUCCUAAGAGUUCUGAGAGGACAUUAAAUUGUCCUGAUAUAUUGGAUGACUACUGCUUGAAUCUACUGGACUGGGGUAGCAGCAAUAUCCUGUCAAUUGCCCUUGGCAGCAGUGUACUUCUAUGGAAUGCUUCGGAUGGUUCUUCUGAUGAACUAGUGACAAUUGAGGAUGAUUAUGGUCCCGUUACUAGUGUCAGUUGGGCUCCUGAUGGUCGACACAUUGCUAUCGGCUUACAGAAUUCUGAAGUCCAGCUUUGGGAUACUACUACGAAAAUAAAGGUGAGAACUCUUAAUGGAGGCCACCAAGCGCGAGUGGGUGCCCUGGACUGGUGGAACAAUCACGUCCUGACAACAGGAGCAAAUGAUUCCCGCAUUAUAAACAAUGAUGUGAGGAUGAGGUCUCACAUUGUUGAAACCUAUAGAGGGCACACCCGAGAGGUGUGCGGGCUAAAAUGGUCAACCUCAGGCAAGCAACUAGCAAGCGGGGGAAAUGAUAACCGUAUACAUAUAUGGGAUCGGGCAAUGGCUUCUUCGAAUUCUUCAACCCAGUGGCUGCAUAGAUUUGAAGAUCACACAGCUACUGUUAAAGCUCUUGCUUGGUGUCCCUUCCAGAGAAAUUUGCUUGCCUCUGGUGGGGGUGCAGAAGACCAUUGUAUAAAGUUCUGGAAUACACGCACAGGUGCUUGCUUGAAUUCAGUGGACACUAGUUCACCAGUAUGCUCUCUGCUCUGGAGCAAGAAUGAGCGGGAGCUUCUGAGCUCUCAUGGGUUGACAGACAAUCAACUAACUCUGUGGAAAUACCCAUCUAUGGUAAAGAUGGCAGAGCUUACUGGUCAUAAUUCAAGAGUUUUAUUCAUGGCUCAGAGCCCAGAUGGUUCCACUGUGGCAUCUGCAGCAGCAGAUGAAAGAUUAAAAUUUUGGAAAGUUUUUGGGACUCCACCGCGUGCCCCAAAAACAAAUCCAGAGCCAUAUUCAAAUGUAAGCCACAUCAGAUAGAGCUUCUAGGAAGAUGUUUCAAUUUGCAACAAAUCAUCGUCAAAGAGAAGUUGAACUUGUACUUAUUGUAAUAUGACGCAGGUACUACUAC